UUUUAUAAAACCCAAAACCUGAUUCUACAAAGUGGGCCCUGACACUCUUCCUCCUACAUUUCUUUCUCUCACCAUCUCCCACUCUUUUCAAAUCCAUAAAUACACAUCCACAACACCACCAUCAAACAAGAACAACAAGAACAACAAGAACACUACUAGCUAGCAUUUGCAGAAGAAGCUGCAACAACACAUCAUGGAAGACCAAGAACCACCACCAUCAUCAUCUCCAUCUCCACUCCCCUAUAUCUCUGACCUCUCCGACCUAGACCACAGCUUCACCAGCUCCACCACCUUCACCUCCUCCUCCUCCGCCCGGAGCAGUCUCAGCCUCUCCUUCCCUCUUUCCUCCUCCUCCACUUCCCUCUCCCUCUCCCCUCAUCCCCACUCCUCCUCCAACCCUCUCUGGUCCUCUCUCCGCGCCACCACCUCUCUUUCCCCAGACAACCAACUCCACCUCCACCAUCUUCACCUCAUCCGCCCUCUUGGCUCCGGCGAUCUCGCCCGCGUCUUCCACUGCCGUCUCCGCCACUUCCCCAACUCCGACUUCGCUCUCAAAGUCAUUGACCUCGACUCCUCCUCCUCCAAACCUCGCCUCUCCCACGUCCAAACCGAGUCCCUGGUUCUCUCCUCUCUCGACCACCCUUUCCUCCCCACACUCUUCGCUCGUCUCGACGCCUCCCACUUCUCCUGCUUCCUCAUCGACUACUGUCCUUCCGGCGACCUUCACUCCCUCCUCCGCCGUCUCCCUCUACACCGUCUCCAUCUCCCCUCCGCCCGCUUCUUCUCCUCUGAAGUCCUCCUCGCUCUCGAGUACCUCCACUCCCUCGGCUUCGUCUACCGCGAUCUCAAACCCGAGAACGUUCUCCUCCGCGCCGACGGCCACAUCAUGCUCUCCGACUUCGACCUUUGCUUUCACUCCCCCGUACAACCCCAGCUUUUGCCCACUGAUAACAAUAACAACGAGCUUGAGUUCGUCGCAGAGCCAGACACGGCCUUUUCCACCGCUUGCGUCGGCACGCACGAGUACCUCGCGCCGGAGAUUGUGAGCGGUGGCGGGCAUGGGAAUGGUGUGGAUUGGUGGGCGUUUGGUGUGUUCUUGUAUGAGAUGUUUUAUGGAAGGACGCCGUUCAAAGGGAGGACGAAGGAGGAGACGUUGAGGAAUAUAGUGGGAAAGGAGGUUAGCUUCCCAGAGGAGAAGAAGGAGGAGAUGGCUCCGGCGAGGGAUUUGAUCAUGAGGUUGCUUGUUAAGGAUCCGAAGAUGAGGUUGGGGUGUCGUCGUGGAGCGGCGGACAUCAAGAAACAUCCGUUUUUCCAUGGUGUGAAGUGGGCGUUGAUCCGGUCUUCGCCGCCGCCGGAGCAUGGUGGUGAUGGUGUUGGCCGGAAAAAGAGUGGGUGGUGGAGAGUGAGUCGUUGGUUUAGGAAGAAGAUAAGCAAGAGUAGAAGAUUCAUGGUGUAAUUUUUUAUUUAUUUAUUUUUUUUUUUUGGAGGUUUUGUAUAAAGAUGAGGAAGAUAGAUUUGGGUAGGGCUUUUAUUUUUGUUUCUAUUUUAUUAUAUAUAUAUAUAUAAAUAUAUAGAUAUAUAUAUAUAUAUAUGUGUGUGUGUGUGUAUGGAUGGAUGGGUUUAUGAUUUAAUUGAUUUGAUGGGACAGGGAAAUGCAUGUACUAAGAUGAUGGUUACUAAUUUUGGCACUGAUUGGUGUGAAGUAUUUUGUUGAAGUAGGCCUUGACGAGAUGUAACCUAAGAUUAUUAUUCUUUUC